AUGGCAGAGCAAAUUUACAAUUCCGAUCAGACCAUGUCCGCUGCCGAAGAGGAGGCCCUCGUCGCAUCCGGAGAAGAUCUCCUGGUGGACGAUCUGCCCGAAGGCCUGAUCGAUCACCUUGCUGACUCCGCUGAGCUCCCCGUCGCCAAAAAACCGUGCUUUGACGCCGGCGCCAGCCACUCCCCCUCCCCCCCCUCCACCAACGUCACCACCUCUCCCAAAUCGGCCCAAGCGUAUCAGGCGCGCUCACCCGCACCCCCUACUGCUGCCGCUUCUAGCGCGCCACCGAGUGGCCCGUCGCCCUCGCUGACAGCCAUCGCAAGCGCCCCCAACGUCCCGGCAGGCCACGCUGCUGCCUACGCAUCCGUCGCCUCGGGCUCAAACCCAUCCCUUGGGCUGCCCACCCAUCGCCUCGCCCUUCCCGGGUACCCCCCCCCCCCCCCCCCCCCCAACCUUCGCCGCGCGCGUCUGAUCGUCGUUUCCCCCCUGCUGCUUCCUCAGCGCCGCCGCGUGGUCAUGUCCCUCCUCCUCCCUGAAGCCGAGCUGGAAGCGCACCGCACCGCGAUUUUUGCCGGCAUCAAUGCAACGCUGUGCGGUUUCAUGUUCGAAGCUGGCACCAUCCCACCUUUCGAGCAGACCGUAGGUGACCCCCUCCGCGUCUACGGCCGCCUGCAGUUUUCAUGGCCGUCGCAGGCGGACGCAACUGCCUUCCGCAGGAUGUUCCCCUUCUCUCUCAAACUCCCCAACUCCCGCCCCGUUCUGCUGAAGGAGUUUGUGGACAGAUUCGAGGAGUUUACUGCAGCUAAGGUUGCAGGCACUCCCACCCUCUCUAUCCGUAACGACCCUAUGGAGUACGCACCAGAGGAUAUCCGUGCCUUCCUCCUGGAGUCCACUGAGCCGGACGGUGCGCACUGGCUCGCCGAUUUGACCAACUUCCACCGCGCCUUUGACCCCUACGAGGGUACCUACUUCACUCAUCUCGCUGGGCUCCCAGUCGCCACCUCCGACGACCUGCAUUUCGACCUUAUUCCAUCCGAAAUCCUGCUGGAGGUCAACAAACCUCCCAUGUUGCUGAAUUUCUCCUGCCACGUGUGCGUGCUAUGCUCCAACAACCACCGCGCGUUCGCGACCCGCCGCCGCCAACGCCUCACGAACCAGAACACUAUUUCAAUCGCGCAACUGCAGCAGGCAAAUGGUACGCAAAACACCUUUUCGGCUUUUGUUGCCAACUUCCCUCGUUCUUGCUGUCACCCCUCACUUCCAGUUUGCUCCCCUCUUCCCCUUGUACGUUCCCCCUUUGCCCUCCAACCUGCCUUCUCCCCCCCCCGCGACUCACCUUUUCCCUGCCCAUCAACAAACCUGCUCCCCCCCCUCCCCCGUGCUCACCUUCCAAUGUCCCUAUGUCCUUUCACGCCCCCCUCCCCCACUGUCCUUCCUCUCCUGCUCCCCACGGUCGCCCACGCCCUGGCCACUCCCCUAACCAACCUGUUUGUGCCCCCUCCCCACGUUACCCCCCACCUCACCACCCAUCCAGAGACCACUGCCCCCCCUCUAUGGACCUCCUCUCCUGCCAACCCCCUCUCCCAUUUGCUUUUUCUCUACCCACACCCCCCCGCCGCCCGGCUCUCCCCCACCCACCCGCUCACCCCGCACCGCCACCCCCUCUCUUCCCUCCUCAACCCAAGCAGGUUUCUCUCCCCCCCGAACCACCCCCCUCCAGCCACUUCUCAAAUCCUCCCCACCCCCUGUGACAUUCCCCCCUCAAGCCACCUCCUGGUCGGGCCUCCGCCCACCCAUAAUCUCACUCCAUACCACCAACCCCCCCCUGCCCCCUCCGCUCCCCGCAAUCAACCCCCCACCCUCGCACGCACCUCCCCCUCCCAUUCCCCCCACUCCCCCCAUGACACCCCCUCCCCCACCUCCCUCGCGGUCGGACCUCCAUUCCCCCACGAGCCCAACCCACUACCGCACUUUUCCCCUGCUUCCUCCCCCCCCCGCAGGCAACCCUCCCUUCACACUUCUCACUACCCUCUCAAGGAUCAGGCCGCCACCCUCCUCAUUUCUGGGCUGCACCGCCCUCCCAGAGACUCCCCCCCUCUGUCAACAGCCCCCUCCCCCCAUUCUCUUCCACACCGCACCCAAACAGAUCACAAUCAACCCCCUCGACCUCCUCACUCCCUCUGGCUGGACUCUCGCCCAACCCCGUCCCCUCCCGAUGCCCCUCCCCCCUCUCUGUACCUCCCUUCCCUCGCAGCCACAACUCCUUCACGGAGUUUCCCUCCUCAAACCUCCCCCUUGCCUCUCCCCCCUGCCCCUCACCCGACCCCCCCCCUGCUCCCCUACACCUGGAUACUUGCCCCCGUGCCCUCCCCGCGCCCCUCUUCUCCCCCUGAAUGCUCCCUCUCUCGCAGGCAAUAUUUUGGGGAACCUGCGCCGACCGCUUUCCGCAACGACCCCGGCCUCAUCUUCAUCGGGCUGGACGAGCAAGUCAAAACCUGGACGUGCACCCUCUGCGAUUUCACCUGA